UAUUCUACUCAAAAAAAAAACAUUAGUAUAAGUAUACUGUAUAAUCAUCCCCUGGACCAUCCAACUUCCUUUUUAUGCCUCAGUCGUCCAGACAAAUUUUUUCUGUCGUCCAGAAUUUUUUUUGUGUCGUCCAGCUGUGUCAAUUUAACAAACGGUGUGAACAAGAGGUAUGGUUCAGAUUGGUGUGAUUCAGUUGUUAACAAAUGAGGCCUAACACACCUAUUUAUAUAUCAUUUUGAUCGGAGCUUUACUCCGCUGUAGAGCUUGUGCGCUUAGGCAACGUUCUGAUUUGGGUAUUAGGCUUACAAUAAUAUGAAUCACUUCGCCAUUCAACAAAACUCGUUUGCUGCUCGAGAAGAAAUGAGGAGCUCCAUAACUGUUGUUUCCAUUUCGGAUAAGAGGGAUACUUUGGUGUGUCCUAAACCGAGGAGACUUGGUCUCAUUAACACCAUAGCCAACGAGCAGAUCAGACCUCUGAGAUGGCAUAUGAGCUAUCAGUCAGAGCUAUGUGAUUCAAAAGCAGGAUCUGAACUCUUAGACAUAAUCAUGUCUAAGGGUGUAUAUGCCGUGGAACAAGCAUGCAGUCAAGCUGCCUCGUCGCCCCCUUUUUUCUGUGGGUCGCCGCCUAGUAGAGUUUCUAACCCUCUAAUUCAAGAUUCUCAUUUUGGGGACGCAAAGGUCACUCCUCUAUCCCCCAGAUCAAUCCCCAUACCGGUUGGGAUGUCAUCCUCCCCGCUGUCAUCUGCAAGGAAAGUAGCCUGUGCAAGGGAAAAUUUUGGUAACAAACCGGCUGUGAGAAUUGAGGGGUUUGAUUGUCUGGACAGGGAUAGACGAAACUGCAGCAUCACUGCAAUGGCCUAAACUCGAAACUAUACAUCCAAACGAGUACAUAGUAAAUUAAGAUGGAAAAGAGGCAAGUGGCUGAGAGAUCUUAAAACAUCACAUUUUCAGGAGUCCAGGAGAAUUAAUGUCCUUUUGGCAGUGUAAAUAUGUUUAUUGUAGUCUGUAUGUAAAUGUGUUUCUAAGUAACUAGAGUAAGUAUCAAAUAAUUGAGAGGUCUUUAGGUAGUUGCUUUUGUUGGGAGUUUAAGGGUAACCCUCGUGUAAUGUAAGUAUGUGUAGAGGGGAAUUUUCCGAUUAAUAUCAUUUCUGGGGAGUUAAAAUUGUACUUCCCAGCUUUCUAAAGAGAAGUUGUAGAAGAUCAAGUCAGGUGUUAGAGUAAGCUUCUGUAAUCAUCCACCUUGUAAGUAUAUAAUGCCAUAUAUAUUAAUGUAACCUUGCAGUUUCCAUUUGCAUUUA